AUGAACAGAACCACCAAACAAGAACCUUCGCCUCCACUCUCGAAACCCCAACUACAAACACAAACGCAAACCUCCUCCUACUUACCCGAACAAUCUCUCGCCACCCGACUAAUUCACGCCUGUAAAGCCGGCCAACUCUCUCUCGUCCACACACUCCUCACGAAAGAAGGUGUAAAUCCCAACAACAACGACCAACAUGAAUACGAACGAGGCCACACCGCGCUCACCAUAUCCUGCGACCAAGGCCACACGUCCAUCGUGAAACUCCUUCUCUCACACGGAGCGAAUAUCGAAACAAAAAACCUCGACCGACGCACUUUCAACCCGGGCGGUCGAACACCGCUCUUUUGGGCCGUGGGGAGUGGCCAUACAGACGUCAUCAAAGUUUUACUGUCAGCCGGCGCCGAUCCUAAUAGCACGGAGGAAAAUGGACGGUUGACGCCAUUGGCUGUGGCUGCGGUUCGUGGACACGAGGAGGCUGUGUCGGCAUUGCUGGAAAGCGAAGGAGUUGAUUUGGAUAGGAGGGGAACACCAGAUGGACGGACGGUGCUGUCGCAUUCGGCGGAGGAUGGACAGGAAGAGAUCGUGAGGAGAUUGAUAGAGAGAGGGGCAGAUCCGGAUUCGAGGGAUUUAUUAGAGAGGACGCCAUUAUCAUGGGCGGCGCAGAGGGGACAGAGGCAGAUUGUGGAGAUCUUGUUGGAUUGUGAAGACGGUUGUAAAGUGGAUAUGAAUUCGAAGGAUGGGAAAUAUAGUAUCUUUUCGGAUUCUUCGCCGGGGGAGAGGACGCCGCUUUCGUAUGCGGCCGCAAUGGGGCAUGAAGAGGUGGUGGUACUUUUGAUUAAGAGAGGGGCCGAUGUUGAUUGCUGUGACCGCGGCGGGUGGAGUGCGCUGGCUCGUGCGGUAUUUCGCGGUCAUGUUUCGACAGUUCGGGUUUUGUUGGAAGUGGGAGGGGCGAAACCAGAGAUUGGGUAUGUGCUGGGAUAUUUGUCGAUAAUGGAAUAUGCCCGGGGCAAUGAAUCGCAUCGGCCUGGGUUUGUGGAAAUUAAUCAAUUGUUGAGGAAAUGGUCCUCGACGAAGCCGGAUCGUAAUGGAGGGAGUGUGGAUUGGUUUUGGAACAUGUGGAAAUGA